AUGGAUUGCCGCAUCUAUGGCGUCACCAUCCUUCUCUUCCUCCUCCCAAGCCUCACAUUAUCCCACUCACAGGGCCAAAUAAACUCAAACUCAAUCCUCGUCGCUCUGUUGGACUCGCAUUACACUGAAGUCGCUGAGCUAGUGGAAAAAGCCAUGCUCCUCCAAACGCUCGAAAACACGGUAAUGAACCACAACAUCACAAUCUUCGCACCCAGAAACGAGGCCCUCGAACGCGAUCUCGACCCUGAUUUCAAGCGCUUCCUUCUCGAACCGCGUAACCUGCAAUCCCUCCAAACCCUUCUCAUGUCCCACAUCGUCCCCAAAAGAAUCACAAAACCCGAAUACCAGCCCAGGUUAGUUAAAUCGGGCCGUCCGACCCGAUACAAAACCCUCGCCCCGCACCAACACCUCACUCUCCAAACAGUUAAUUCCACUCACUGGAACGUCGACACUUCCUGGGUCACUCACCCGGAUUCCAUGACCCGACCCGAUGGCGUCAUCCACGGGAUCGACACGCUCCUCAUCCCUCGCUCCGUCCAAGACGACUUCAACCGCCGCCGCAACCUCAUCUCCAUUGCCGCCGUGAAACCAGAACCUGCCCCGGAGGUCGACCCGCGUACCCACCGCUUGAAAAAACCGGCUCCCCCGUCGCCGGCAGGCUCCCCGCCGGCACUACCGAUCUACGAUGCGAUGGCGCCGGGACCCUCCCUGGCUCCAGCGCCGGCGCCUGGACCUGGUGGACCCCACCACCACUUCAACGGCGAGAAACAGGUGAAAGACUUCAUCCAAACUCUCCUCCACUACGGAGGUUACAACGAAAUGGCGGAUAUUCUGGUAAACUUAACGUCGCUGGCGACGGAAAUAGGACAGUUAGUUUCGGAGGGUUACCGUUUGACGGUGCUGGCUCCUAACGACGAAGCUAUGGCGAAGUUAACGACGGACCAGUUGAGUGAACCGGGUUCGCCCGAACAUAUUAUGUACUAUCACUUGAUUCCCGAGUAUCAGACCGAGGAGAGCAUGUACAAUGCCGUUAGAAGGUUCGGGAAGGUUCGUUACGACACAUUACGGUUGCCGCAUAAGGUGUCGGCGCAGGAGGCUGACGGCUCCGUUAAGUUCGGGCACGGGGACGGGUCUGCGUAUUUGUUCGACCCGGAUAUUUACACGAAUGGACGGAUCUCCGUUCAGGGAAUUGACGGCGUUCUUUUUCCGCCUCAGGAGGAUGAAGCUGGGGCCGUGACCCGGGCCCAACUCGCUAAGGUCGUCGUUAAGCAGAGAAGAGAUGGGAAAAAGGUAAAGUCCAUAAUUGAUUUGUUUAAUGAUAUUUUCUUUAUUUUUGUGAUAUCUGUCGAUUCCACACAGUUUGUGUUUAAGCUAAAGUUCGAUGGAAUGUGGCAGGAAAAUUGUUGGAAACAGCAUGUUGGAUGCUUGGAACCUUUGGACAGAAUUCUAGAUUCAUCUCUUGUGAAUAAAGUGCUCAUAUCAGCAGCAUGCUAG